GGAUUCCUCCAGGUGUUUUACACAGGCUCUAAAAGCACUACCCGAAUAAGCACUCCAACUGUAGGAAACCAUGGCAAGCGGUAAAGUGUGUUUCAUGGCAACUCUGUGCUCCCUGGUCAUCCUGUCAACCUUUAUCGGCAGCACACAGUCAGCGAGCUGCUGCCUGAGUUACACCAGUCGUCGAUUGCCAUGCCAACGACUGCUCGGCUACACCGUCCAGACCAUUAACACGUCCUGUGACAUCAACGCUAUUAUAUUCCACCUCCGAGGAAGGUUCGUGUGUGCUGACCCUUCAAGCAUCCGUACGUAGAGAUGAAAUGUGUUGAGUGAGUAUAUUCAUGUGUCUCUAACUUCAAUAAGUACUCUUACAGAAUAUUGAACUAAAAUAAUAUUGUUUUUUCAUUGUUUUCUGCAGUGAAAGGAGGAAGAAGAACCGUAAGAUCAUAGCAAACCGAACCUGAGGCCACGACACAUGAGCUGUAUACGAAAGUUACUGUAUGAAGGAUAUAACUAAUAUUUAAAAGCCUUCGUACACCGAAGUACCCUGAUAGGGAUUAUCAUGUCAUUUUGUUAAAUUAUUAUAUUACAUCUUAUUAUAUAAGAUUGUGUGUUUUAUAAACAGGUAGUAAAUUGUACACUGAAGGUGCAGAGCAUCAUUGGAGAAGUAUAUUUUUGUAAAGACAUUUUAGUAAAAAGGAAUUGAGAGUAAAAGUUUGAAUUGUAAUUGAUAUUGUCAAAGGAUUAAUAAAAACAGAGAUGUUUAAUAAUGCAUUUGUCUGAGUUUCAUAACAUUCAGCAUAUCCACAUGUUACAUACCACCCUUUUUAAUAAAAACAAUUAUUAUAUCUGCUGCACAUUCUAAAUGUUAUCCUAGUUUACAGUGUUAAAUGAGUAAACCAAAGGUCAGAAUUUCAAAUAGGGUGCAAAGAAUCAAGAUGAGCACAAUACAGUAGACAUAAUAUAACAGUAGAUAAAUCACAACGACAAGAGAAUAGAGUUGAAAAAUCAGUUUUCUGAUAAUUAAUCAAGUAAAUAGGCAUAAACGAUAAAAACUAAUUUGAAAUAUAAGAUUUAAAAAAUGUUUUUAAUAGAAUAGUUUUAAAAUCAUCUUAUUCCACACUGUUUGAUUGUAUCAUAUUUGUUCUACACAUUGUUCUAGCUUUUCAUUGAUAUUUAAUUCAACAAUAUCCUAGAGUUUCGCACAAUUAAAGGUCACUUAUUAUGCAAAAUCCACGUUUUCAUGUCUUUUAUACACAAACAUGUGUCCCCUUUGUGUAAAGAGAUUCUGAAAGCUUCAGGAAAAAAGAUUCCCUCACUCUUUGUCCUGAACCAUUUGCAUAAAAACCUUUCUGAAAAUGAGAUGAUCAGAUUUUGGCCACUUUAUGAUGUCAUAAUGAUUGUUUGGCUUGUGUAACUAUUAGCCAAUAACGGUAACACCCCCCCCCCCCCCACCUUAUCAUCUGGAUCUCAUCUAAUCUAAUCUUAACUUCAUCUAAAGUAAAAGACAGAGAAUCAGCACUUUUGAAACAGGGCUGAAACAAAGGGGUUUAUGGGAUGCUACACUGCACUUCAGAGACAUGUUUUGAAUAUAUCUGAGACAUAUAAUAUAUUGAUGAAAAACAGUAUAUUAGGGGACCUUUAACAUUUCCCAUAAUUUGAAGUUUACAGUUUUUGUAUCUCGUGAAACUUUGGGAGAAGUAAAGUCCUGUAGGUUUGAAUAAAGCUUGACUGUAAAACAUGCAUUUUUAAGCGUUAUGGGAUGAACAAAAACGUAGAAAAGUAGAGAGCUCAUUUUGUGCU